AAAGUCUCUCUCUCUCUCACGCUGUCUCUCUCUCUCUCUCUCUCUCUCUCUGUAGGAGGAGAUAAAGAGAUAAAAUGGCGGCUGAAAGAAACAAUGAGUUUAAACUCUGUGGUCCCCGUGGUGAUGGAGAGCGUCACUCUGGCUCUGUGGUCACUCUCUCCUGUCACCUGUCUCCUGAAAUCAGUGCUGUUGCCAUGGAGAUCAGGUGGUUUAAGGAGACGGACUGUGUUUGUCUCUAUAAGAACAGGCAGGUGACAGAGGGGAGGGGCUACGAGGGCAGAGUGAGUCUGUUCACUCAGGAGCUGCAGAGAGGAAACAUCUCCUUACAGAUCAGACACUGUAGCUGGUCAGAUGAAGGAGUUUAUCUGUGUCAGGUCACCAAUGGAGACACAACAGAGGAGUGUACAGUAGGAGUGUGGGAGGAGUCAUUGGGUUUCCUCAUCUGGCAGAGGGACAGAGAAUGGACAGAAGAGGAGAGAAAGAAAAUGAAGGAGUCUCUUCUGCUGACCGAUUUAACUGAAAAGGCCAAACAGCUCGAAGAAACAAAACACAUUCUCUCCGAGAGAGACAGACAGCUAAUGGAGAGAGAGAAGCAAGUGGAGGAGAAAGACAGACUUCUGACAGAAAACACAACAACACUUCAGAUGAAGGAGAAGAUUUUAGAAGAGAAAGACAAACUUCUCACAGAGACACAAGAUGAACUGAGACAAACAACAAAGACCUUAGAGAGUCGUAGAAAACAAAUGGAGGAAAUGGAGAAAAGACUUGUGGAGAAAGAUGAAGAAUUAAAAGAAGAACUGAAAGAUAAAGACAGGAUUCUAAAAGAACAUUUAGAGACGAUUGAUAAGAGAGAUUCAUUAUUAAAGGAAACUAAUGAAAGAUUAGAAAGUGUUAAUAAACAGCUUAAAGAUAAAGACUCACAGCUGGAGAAUCAGAUCAAACUGCUGAGAGAGAAAGAGACUCUACUGGAGGUCACAGUGAAAGAGGUGGAGGAGAAGGAGAGACUUCUAAGAGAGAGAGACACACAGCUAAUGGAAAGAGAGCAGCAGGUUGAGGAGAAAGACAGACUUCUAGAGGAGAGAAACAAGCAGCUGCAGGAGAGAACAGAUCCAGACUCAAGGAAUCCUCCAGACUUGAGUGAAGAGACUCCAGAGUCUGCAGCACCACUAAGGAGAAGAAACAGUCUGGAUAGACUUCCUCCACAUAUGAGUGGAGAGUCCUCUAGUUCAGCCUCUCCAGAGUCAGUUCCUGUAGCAGAGCUCAGGCUGGUGCUGCUGGGGAGGACUGGAUGUGGGAAGAGAGCAGCAGGAAACACCAUCCUGGGCAGAGAGGAGAGGAGCCAGGCUGGAGCGUCUACAGUGAGGCAGCAGAGUGAGAGCAGACAGGGGGAGGUGGCUGGGAGGCAGGUGACUGUGGUGGACACUCCUGACUGGUUCUGUCCUGGACUCUCUCUGGAGGAGCUGAGACAGGACGUGGGACUCUGUGUCCGUCUGUCCGCCCCAGGACCCCACGCCUUCCUCCUAGUCGUACCAAUUAAGCAGUCUACAGGAGAGGAGAGAGGCAUGCUGGAGAAAAUGGAGGAGAUCUUUGGAGAGAGAUGUUGGAGGAACACCAUGAUCCUUUUCACUGUUACUGAUGAAGCCCAAGAGAAGAACAUUGAAGAGUUUAUCCAGUCAGGAAACCAGGAGGUCCAGAGACUCAUAGAGAAAUGUGGGAACAGGUUUCACUGUCUCAGCAUUAAGGAGAGCGGAGAAGGUUCUCAAACCUCAGAGCUGCUGGAGAAGAUAGAGAAGAUGGUGGAAGGAAACAGAGAGAAACUCUACAGCAGUGAGAUCUACCUGGAGACACAAUCUCAGAUCAGAGAGAUAGAGAGAAGAAUUGUGAGAGAAAGAGAGGAGAUGAGAGAGAGACAAGAAAGAGAAACUAGAGAGAAGCUGGAGAGAUGUGUACAGGAGACUUUUAUAAAGUUUACAGAAUCAACUGCUGACUUUCAUACCAGAAUAAAUCAGCAUGAAGAGCGAAUAACUAAACUAGAGGGAAUGUUAAAAGAGGAAAGAGACGAGAAGAGAAAGGUAGAGCUGGAGAGAGAGGUGGAGAGAGAGACUCAGCAGAGGAAUGAGGUUCAGUUGGAGCUACAGAGACUGAAAGAAGAGACUGAAAAGGAGAGGAGAGAGAUGGAGGAGAGACACAGACAGGAGAUGGAGGAGAUCAGGGAGGCUUAUGAAGGAGAAGCCAGAAUGGAGGCAGAGAGGAACCUCAUGAAGAUCAUCCUGCCUGAACUCCAGCAGAGAAUUUUGAUGUUAAAGUCAAAGAUGCAGGCAGAGUUCAGCAGACAGAUGGAGGAGAAGGACAGAGAGUUGAAGACACUAGCGCAGAGAGUGGGAGCACUUAUCAGCAUGCUACAGGUGGAGAUCCAUAAGUACACUGGAAAUCAGUAAGAUCAAUAUGUUGAAAAUGCUCCUGGAUAGAAAGAGCUUGGUGGGUUUAAGCACUGUUUGUUAUUGUAAUGUUACGGAUGUGAUACUUUCUGUAGAGACAGCCUUUUAUUCAUGCUUUCCGUGUUAGACAGAGAUACACUCUUCCAUUAACUCGGUGAUAUACUGAUGUGAAGGUGUUAGUGUUUUUGUGAAAGAUGAGAACUUCAGGUUUUUGUGUAAUUUGUGUGACAGAUACAGUACAUUACAUGACUUACUCUUAAAUGAGUGAUUUGAAAACAAAAUUUCCUGCAGAAUCAGGCCUGGACCUCACUACUCCUGACUCCGUUCAGCAGGUCAUUCAUUUUGCACCUUUGUGACUGCAGAGUUACCUUAAUGACUCAUCAGCUACCAUGAACUGAAAAACUAAAGCAGUGAGUGGAUUCAGUUCUGUUUUUGCCGUAUUAAUGUAACAUAGCAAAAACACUGAACAGU